ACGGCGCGGGAAGCAGUCUUUUGUGCGGGAAGCGUUACGGCGUGGUAGAAGAAAGGAAAUAAAUUGUUAAAAAUGAGUUACGGUCGCCCGCCUCCAGACACCGAUAGUAUGGUGUCUUUGAAAGUAGACAAUUUAACAUACAGAACAACUCCCGAAGACUUAAGAAGAGCGUUCCAGAAAUAUGGUGAAGUUGGUGAUGUUUACAUUCCAAGAGACAGAUUUACAAGAGAAAGUAGGGGCUUUGCUUUUGUUCGUUACUUCGAUAAACGUGAUGCAGAGGAUGCAUUAGAUGCAAUGGAUGGCACAAUCAUGGAUGGCAGAGAACUGCGGGUACAGAUGGCAAGGUAUGGUAGACCCUCAGAACCAUACAGGAGAGGUCCGCCAAGAAGAUACGGUGGUGGUGGUGGUGGUGGUGGCAGGUACCGGGGAAGGUCAUAUUCUAGAUCUCGUUCAAGAUCCCGAUCCAGGGGUCGAAGAAGUCGCAGGUACUCUAGAAGCAGGAGCAGGUCAUAUGAUAGUAGGUCCAGAAGUCGUAGCAGGAGUCGUUCAAGGAGCAGGUCAAAGUCCAAUAGGUCAAGCAGGUCUCCAAGAUCACGUUCCAGGACACCAGAAAAAAACACACAAGAAAAUAAUGCUGAUUGAACAGAACACUUGGUAGAAGGAUUAUCAUCAAGCAUGCAUAGUGGUGCCUGUGAAAGAUAGCGUUUGGCUGCACAAUUUUAAUAAAAGGUUAUUAUCAUAUUGGUCAGAAAAGACAGAUGUACUUUAUUAAAAGAGCAUUACAUAGAUAAAUUGUACUUUAAAAAAUAACAUGAGAAUUUGUUAUGUGUGUACUGACAUGAUAGAGAUAAUACAGCUUGACCGAUUUAUUCAUCCUCAAAUCAUUGUUAAUACUAGCAUUAGUAAUUUUAUAUCUCAUUUUAAAUUUUAUAUUUUUUUUCAUAUUUCCAAAAGCAACUGCUUAAUAGGAAUGCGACAGUUAUUUUGUUUAACUUGUUUGAAAUGAAAAUCGCAUAUUGUACACAUAUUUUUCGUACAUUUUGACUGUCGUUGCUAUUUUAAAUUGUCAGUUCUUUUUAAUUUGUUCAUAUUUGUUGCCCUUUUGUAGAAUAAAUGUUGAUAUGUGAAGUUAAAA